AAUUUAUUUAUUGGAUUAACGGAGUGUUGUAGUGAAGUUGAUUGUCUAUAAUAGCAACAAUUUCACAUCUUUAUGCAAUUAUCACCAUUCUUUCGUAUGAUUCUAAUAUACACAAUGGGUAUGUUUGGUGGUGGACUCAUUGUACACAUCUACCAUGCACAACAUGAAGAGAAUACGUAUAAUGCAGCAUUGUUGGCAGCUGCCAAGUCACCGAAACUCAUCACAAACGACAAUGCAUACCAACAGUUGAUUCAUUCAAACGAUUCAAUACAUGAACAUGCAUUACAACAUUUAGCUGAAGCAACAUUGGCCAAUGCAUUAGCUAAACAAGUACGUGUAUUCUGUUGGAUAUUAACAAUGCCCAAAAAUCAUCAAUCAAAAGCUGUUCAUGUGAAAGCUACAUGGGCUGGUCGAUGUAAUAAGUAUUUAUUCAUCAGUAGUGAAACUGAUGACAGACUUCCUUCAAUAGCUGUGAUCAAUUCGGAAGGUCGUAACUUAUUAUGGAAUAAAACAGCUGGGGCUAUAAAAUACAUUGCAAAACAUUUUGCUAAUGAUUAUGAUUAUUUCAUGAAAGCUGAUGAUGAUUCAUAUGUGAUUGUAGAGAAUUUACGCAAAAUUUUACAGAAACAAAAUCCUGAUAAACCAUUUAUUAUGGGUAGACGAUUCAAGCCAUUCGUCAAACAAGGAUAUAUGUCCGGUGGUGGAGGAUAUGUACUAUCUCGUGCUGGUCUGUUAAAUAUAGCUAAUGGUUUAGAAAAUAAUCCGACAUGUCGAAGUAAACAACAUGUAUUCGCUGAAGAUGUGAAACUUGGAUCAUGCGCAGAAGCUACAAACGUCACAGUAGUCGAUAGUCUUGAUGAAGAAGGACGUGAAUGCUUUCAUCCAUUCUCUCCAUCACAUAUGCUUACAAAAGAUUCAAAGGGUUAUCCCGACUGGUUUCUGAAAUACAAUUAUCAUAGAAUCGACACAGGAUUCGAUUGUUGCAGUGAUUACGCUGUCUCGUUUCAUUACAUCAAACCAGAAGAUAUGUAUCUCUAUGAAUAUAUGCUCUAUCAUUUACAUCCUUACGGGAUACACCGAGAUUAUAUGGAUUUAAUCAAUUAUUUACAACAGAAUCGAGACUCAUGAUACUAUUGAUCGAUCACCUCACAUUCACCUGUAUCUCGCAAAUUCACCAUGGUUGUAUAUAUUGUCUAACUGUUGCUCAAUAAAGCACUUGUGAUUCUGUCUUUCACUUACACUCGCACACACACACGCGCACACCUGCACAAACAAACACAAAGACAUACAAAAAUCUUUUGGUUUUUUUCAGAUAUCUCUUCACCUUCACGCCUUCACCUAUUCUACACAUUCACCUCAUCUACAUGUCACAGUUAAAUGCCAAUCUCCAUUGACAUUAUCAGUACUACUACCAUCUUUCCACUUCAAAAAUACAUAUCAAUCCAUGAAUCAAUCACUCAGGGAAUUAUUCCUUCAAUCUAUCAAUCAACCGAUUGUUGUAUGAACAACAGGCAGUGAAAUUCGAAGAUGGAACAAGCAAGUCAAUGAAUAACCGAAUGAGCCACACCCAUCACGAACAUUCAAUUCAUUGAUCUGAUGAUGUUUACGAUUAUUAUUAUUAUUAUUAUUAUUACUCCUUAUCACUUAUCUAUGUUAACUUGUUUUGUUUACUCAAUCAGUCUGUUUAUAUUGUAAAGUCAGCUUGGUACACACUAAUCACUACUUAUCUGAGUUUUAUCAUGUACAAUAUUUCCUUGGAAAGGUCGGUGAUCUGUGUAAAAUAACAUUUUCAAUAAUGUCAAUGUGAAUGAUAAUGUUUUUAGGAAGGUUGAUCUGUUUGUAUCUCGCCGUUAUUUUAAUUUUUAUACGUCCAGUAUUUGACCUGUAUUCACCUGGAGGUGAAAGUAUCUAUUUUGAGUAACCAGAUGUCAGAAUGUAAUUUUUGUACAAUGAACUUUUUAUCCUUUCUUCAACUGUACAUAUUCAAUGAGAUGAAAGCAAAAAAUAUACAAUGAAAGUUGACAGAUUCAUAGUGGAAUGAAA